AUGGCUGCAGAUCCGGAGGUCAUGGGUUCGAGUCCCGGAUCGGGUUCAAGGUCAAGUUUAGAAAUGAUUUUUUAUGUUAAAAUAUUCUCAGUAGUAGCCCGGAGUAGGGAAGUUGACGGUGUUACACCUCUGUGCCUCGGAGACCACGUAAAGCUGUCGGUCCUACGCCUUAACUCUCACCGCUCGUGUCGAAGAGGGACUGGAUAUUGUCGUUACGUAGACGAAAGUCUUACGAAUGAAUCUAGCAGUGAAUUUGGACAGAGAAGAGUACAACAUGGCAGCGCCAGCCUCCUGCAUAAGUGCGGGGCAUGGCUGCGUCAUGUUCGACUGUUUGGUGCAUUUAUGGGAGUGGUAAGUGGUUUU